AUGCUUGACGAACGAGAGCUCGCCAUACAUCCUAUCGUCCAAGAGAGCGUGCAACAAAAUGCGCGAACCAUCGCCAACAUUCGCAACUUGACCGCGUCGCUCUUCGGCGUUGCCGCAGGCACACUCGGUCUGGAAUCAUACCCUGGCUUCAUCUUCUACCUCCUCGGAACACUCGUCGUCUCUGUCUUGAUACUCCUGCUCCGGGCGGAGGGAAAGCCGAAAGCAUACUUCUACAGCCCAGUGCAGAACCUUUUGCUGGGGGAAGUGUUUGGUGGGCUCAGUAGCUUCGUCCUUACGUGGACGUUGUUUUAUGGCUUGGUUAGGGCUUGA